AUGUCCAAAAGAAAUUAUGCUACUUGGGUCAUGAAUAUGAAGGGUCGUGGGUCGGAAGUCGAUUGUGUAAAGGUUUUGGUCCUUAAGAAGUGGAUGCGUGUGAGUAUGCAGUGUAGCAAGGAGUGUAUCCCAGUGUUCUGCAGGUUUCUUCAUUUCAGUGUGGCAGCUAUUGAAGGUUCAAGAUUAGGAGCUAGCGACACUAGGAGAGCAGGUUUAAGUGAAGAGGAGAUUCGUGGGAUCAUUACCAUAAAAGUGGAUGAGGCGAUCAGGGGGUUUACUCUGGAGUUGUUUGAGUUGAUCAAUACCACCAUGAUUGAGCGAGCGGGGCCUGGAGACAGCUUUAUCACAUUAUCCUUGUGUUGUUCUCCAGUAUCAUAUUCUUUUAUCUUGUCAUGUUCUGCUGCACUAGAUAGAGUAUAUAUAAAUCAACCGAUCAAAGUUGGCAACACCAUUGUUUCAGACGGUGAGACGUAUGAACUGGGGUUUAUUAGCCCUGGAAAAUCAAAGAAUCGGUAUUUGGGGAUAUGGUACAAAAACAUAUCACCUUGUACAGUUGUCCGGGUUGCUAACAGGCAGACACCAAUCAAGGACGCAUCUGGGGUAUUUGAACUCACUACAGAAGGAAUCCUACAGAUUUACAUUGGUGGUAAUAAUGUCACUUGGUCAUCAAAUGGGACAUCGGUCUUUGCCAGGAAUAUGAAUCCCGUGGCACAGCUUCUGGACACUGGAAAUCUUGUGGUGUGGGAUGAAAGAAGCAACAAUGAAAAUCCAAUCUGGCAAAGUUUUGACUAUCCUGGUGACACUUUGCUACCAGGAAUGAAAUUUGGGAAGGAUUUGAUAACAGGAAGAGAGAGGUUCUUAACAUCUUAG